AUGGUUAGACCAUUGCUUAAAAAAUUAUUAGAUAACCAUUUGAAGCUGCAGGAUUACGACGAUCAAACAUUCGAUCAUCCGUCAUCGAUAUUCGAUUUAUUAAACAAUACAAAUGUACAUAAUGCAAAUAUUGUAGAGACACAACGUGAACUAUCACUUCAAAAAAGUGCGCUUCAGUUUCUCUACGGUGAUGAUAGUUCUGAAGCUAACGAUUUAAUGACGGAAUUUCAAAAUUAUUUAGCUGAACCUCAGUUAAAGUUUGAUUUAAAUCCAUUCGAUUGGUGGCAAUCCAGACAAGAAAAAUAUCCAACAAUAGCAAUAUUGGCCAAAAAAUAUUUAUCAAUACCAGCCACUUCAGUGAGUUCCGAGCGAUGUUUUUCAACUUGUGGGAACGUGGUGACUUCUAAAAGAACGUCAUUACUGACAAAAAAUGUCAAUUUGCUGGUUUUCUUGUACCAAAACAGACAUUUAAUACCAUAG